AUGUCUUCCCACAAGACUUUCAGAAUCAAGAGGUUCCUGGCCAAGAAACAAAAGCAGAAUAGGCUCAUUCCCCAGUGGUUUCAGAUGAAAAUUGGUAAUGGAAUCAGGUACAGCUCGAAGGGGAGACAUUGGAGAAGAACCAAACUGGGUCUAUGA